UUAAAAUAGUAGAAAAAGUUCUGUUUUUCAUUGCGUUGCAACUCAACAGUGUAUUCUAGUGUUCGCCCACCAGCUAAAUGUCGUGCAAGUAAACGUAUAAUAUACGUAGCGCAAAUUUUCAAGCAUUUUGCGUGAACGGCAGCGAGCCAGGAGCGAGAGCAACGAGGGAGACCACAACUUAGCGCUCAAUCCUCCAAGCAGCAGGCCAACUAAUAAUUCCACCCGCACAGCACAAACACAGUAUGUUCAAUAGAAAUGGGCGGAUUUCUGGAUAAACCGAAAACCGUGAAACAUAAUGACCAAGGGGAGGGCAAUAAGCUACUCUUCGGUGUCAGCUCAAUGCAGGGUUGGCGCUGUGAGAUGGAGGACGCAUAUUAUGCGCGCACUGGUCUGGGCAAUGCCCUCGAUGACUGGAGCUUCUUUGCCGUCUUUGAUGGUCAUGCGGGCUGCAAAGUAUCCGAGCAUUGCGCAAAGUAUUUGCUCGGGAGCAUUAUCAGUACAGAGGAGUUCAAAAACGGCGACCAUGUAAAGGGUAUACGCACAGGUUUCCUGGAGAUCGACGAGGCAAUGCGCAGCUUACCCGAGUUCACGAUGAAUGACGAGAAAUGCGGCGGUACCACAGCGGUGUGUGCUUUCGUCUCCUCGACGCAAGUGUAUAUUGCCAAUUGUGGCGACUCGAGAGCCGUUCUAUGUCGUCAGGGUGUGCCGGUCUUUGCUACGCAGGAUCACAAACCCAUUUUGCCCGAGGAGAAGGAACGUAUUCAUAAUGCCGGCGGCAGUGUGAUGAUAAAGCGUGUCAACGGCACGCUUGCAGUUUCCCGAGCCCUUGGUGACUACGACUUUAAAAACGUAAAAGAAAAGGGCCAGUGCGAGCAACUGGUCUCACCCGAACCGGAAAUAUUUUGCCAAAGCCGUCAGGACACCGAUGAGUUCUUGGUUCUCGCCUGUGACGGUAUUUGGGAUGUGAUGAGCAAUGAGGAUGUGUGCAGCUUUAUACAUUCGAGGCUGAAAGUAACUAGUGAUCUGGUGAACAUUGCUAAUCAGGUGGUGGACACUUGUUUGCACAAGGGCAGUCGUGAUAAUAUGAGCAUCAUCAUAAUUGCUUUCCCAGGAGCACCAAAGCCAACUGAAGAGGCGAUAGAGGCUGAGCGACGGUUGGAGAAACAAAUUGAAAAGAUCACAAGAGAGGAAAUAGAGCGAGAACAGCUGACAGACUAUGUGGAUCUGUUAAAGAGUCUGCAAAACAAAGAGGACAUUGAAGGGCUUCCUCCUGGCGGUGGACUGCAUUCAAAAUAUCAUGUCAUUGAGCACACUUUCAAGCAAAUGUUUCCGGAUCGGCCAUGUGAAAGUCCAACGCAUUAGAAUGCAAAAUCCAAUACAAUACAAAUGCAACAACAGUACGAUAAAAGUAACAACAAAAACAAACAAACAAAACACACCAAACCGUUUUCUACUUUGACAUAACCUACUACUAAUGAUAAUAAUAAACCUAAUAAUAGUUUAUAUAAAAAAGAGCCAGGCGGCAAUCAGAAAAGAUCGCACAAGCCAAUCAAUAUUACACAUACACACAUAUAUAUGUAUAUAAUCUGUGUAAACUGUUUAUGUAUAUUGUUGGUUUAUGUGUGAUUUUUACAAAUAUUGGAACAGCCCAACCAGAUCGCAUUCAAGCGCAGUAGGAGUGAGGCAAUUCCCAUGUACCAACAGUCUCAAAACAAAUACCAAUUACCUAAAUACUUGCUAGAGAUACAAGUCUUUACUAGAACUAUGUAAAGUAACGUACUGCACAGUGCUCGCAAAAACAUUAUAUUUUCGCUCUGUACUGUCCACGUCUUCGUCGCCUAAAACUGUAGCAUCUACAUCAGAAACCUUCUAUCGUUCACAAUGUCAUCCAUUUCAGUCACCUAAAUAUGAGAACCGUUGCAUAAAAUCGUGUUAAAUUUUGUUUAGGACCGGUGACUAAUUUGUAUUUCAAUUUAUGUAUUAAUGUUGCGGAUUAAGAAAGUUGUAAAAUGUUUGUUACUGAAUGAUCAUUUAGUUCAUUUUUACAUAUGUACGAGUAUAAGAAGAAAAAAUCUUAAGCGUGAAGCGAAGCAAACUUUAAUAAUGUAAAGUAAAAAUAUGUUAAAGCAAAAAGAAACCAAAACUUAAAAAAGUCGUCUUAAAUAGCAACAAAAAACACAAUCAACAAAAAUAUAAAGUCUAAACUAAGAUAAAAAACUAAAAAGCAAAUAGAUAAACCACAAUAAUGUCCGAAAAUAAACCUAUUAAUUUGUAAGCCGCGGAAGUUGAUUAUAAAAUUAUAAGAAAAGCAAAACAAACAAAAAAUAACAAAAGAUAAACUCUCAAGUUUGUAGUAAAUGUUGAAAGAAAAACAUCCAAGACUUUGCAA